AUGAUGUCGCGGUCGUAUACCAACCUGCUCGAUCUCGCAGAGGGCAACUUCGCGGCGCUGGGCCCGGCCGGCGGCGGGGGGCGGCGGAGGCAAGGGUCGUUCGGGCUGAAGCGGAUGUCGCGGGUGAUGACGGUGCCGGGGACGCUGUCGGAGCUCGACGGCGAGGACGAGUCGGAGCCCGCGGCGACCAGCAGCGUCGCCUCCGACGUGCCCUCGUCGGUGGCGGCCGACCGGAUGAUCGUCGUCUCUAACCAGCUGCCCGUUGUCGCACGGCGGCGGCCCGAUGGCCGAGGAUGGUCCUUCUCCUGGGACGAUGACUCGCUGCUCCUCCAGCUCCGCGACGGCAUUCCCGACGAGAUGGAGGUGCUCUUUGUCGGCUCCCUACGCGCCGACGUUCCCGUCGCCGAGCAGGACGAUGUGUCGCAGGCGCUGCUCGAUCGAUUCCGCUGUGCGCCGGUGUUCCUCCCCGACCACCUCAACGACCGCUUCUACCACGGCUUCUGCAAGCGCCAGCUCUGGCCUCUGUUCCACUACAUGCUCCCCUUCUCAUCAUCCGCGUCCGCCGCCACCACCUCAUCGUCGCCCGGCGACGGUCGAUUCGACCGUAGCGCUUGGGAGGCGUACGUGCUCGCCAACAAGUUCUUCUUCGAGAAGGUCGUUGAGGUUAUCAACCCGGAGGACGACUACGUCUGGGUUCAUGACUACCACCUCAUGGCGCUGCCUACCUUCCUCCGCCGCCGGUUCAACCGCCUCCGCAUCGGAUUCUUCCUCCACAGCCCCUUCCCCUCGUCAGAGAUCUACCGCACCCUCCCUGUUCGUGAGGAGAUAUUGAAGGCACUGCUCAAUUGUGACCUCAUUGGGUUUCAUACUUUCGAUUACGCCAGACACUUCCUCUCGUGCUGCAGUAGGAUGCUGGGAAUUGAAUACCAGUCAAAGCGUGGGUACAUUGGAUUGGAUUACUUUGGCCGCACUGUUGGGAUCAAAAUCAUGCCAGUGGGAAUUCAUAUGGGUCAAUUGCAGUCAGGUCUGCGCUUGCCUGACCGGGAAUGGAGGCUUUCCGAGCUUCAACAGCAGUUUGAGGGGAAAACUGUCUUGCUUGGUGUGGAUGAUAUGGAUAUCUUCAAGGGGAUCAAUUUGAAGCUUCUUGCCUUUGAGAAUAUGCUGAGGACCCAUCCCAAGUGGCAGGGCCGAGCAGUAUUAGUGCAGAUUGCUAACCCAGCCCGUGGGAAGGGUAAGGAUCUGGAAACCAUCCAGGCUGAGAUUGAGGAGAGCUGCCGGAGGAUUAAUGGGGACUUUGGCCAGUCAGGGUAUAGCCCUGUUGUUUUCAUUGAUCGUGAUGUGUCAAGUGUUGAGAAGAUUGCCUAUUAUACAAUAGCAGAAUGUGUGGUGGUGACUGCUGUGAGGGAUGGGAUGAACUUGACACCAUAUGAAUACAUUGUCUGUAGGCAGGGUGCCCCAGGAUCCGAGUCCAUAUCAGAGGUGAGUGGGCCAAAGAAGAGCAUGCUGGUUGUGUCAGAGUUUAUUGGGUGCUCACCGUCGCUGAGUGGUGCUAUUCGGGUUAACCCGUGGAAUAUAGAGGCAACCGCAGAGGGGAUGAAUGAGGCCAUUUCAAUGCCUGAACAGGAAAAACAGUUGAGGCAUGAGAAGCAUUACCGUUAUGUCAGCAGCCAUGAUGUUGCCUACUGGUCAAAGAGCUUCAUCCAAGACUUGGAAAGGGCUUGUAAGGACCACUUUAGGAGGACUUGUUGGGGCAUAGGGUUGGGUUUCGGUUUCAGGGUGGUGGCCUUGGACCCUCAUUUCACAAAGCUUAACAUAGAUUCAAUUGUUAAUGCUUAUGAAAUUUCAGAGAGCAGGGCUAUUUUGCUUGACUAUGAUGGAACUUUGGUUCCUCAGACUUCCAUCAAUAAGCCACCUAGCCCAGAAGUUGUGAGUAUUAUCAAUACCCUUUGCUCAGAUAGGAGAAACAUUGUUUUUCUUGUCAGUGGGCGAGACAAGGAUACAUUGGGAGAGUGGUUUGCCUUAUGUCCAAAGCUGGGGAUUGCAGCUGAACAUGGUUACUUCUUAAGGUGGUCUAGAGACGAAGAGUGGCAAACCUGCACCCAGGCUUUGGACUUUGGAUGGAUGGAAAUGGCAAAGCCAGUGAUGAAUUUGUACACAGAAGCAACUGAUGGAUCCUCCAUUGAGACCAAGGAAAGUGCUUUGGUGUGGCACCAUCAGGAUGCUGACCCAGGCUUUGGAUCAUCACAGGCAAAGGAAUUGCUUGAUCACCUGGAAAGUGUACUAGCAAAUGAACCAGUCACUGUUAAGAGUGGCCAGUUCAUUGUUGAAGUCAAACCUCAGGGAGUAAGCAAGGGAGUAGUUGCUGAGAGGAUACUUGCAUCAAUGAAGGAGGGAGGAAAGCAGGUUGAUUUCGUACUGUGUAUUGGUGAUGACAGGUCGGACGAGGACAUGUUUGAAAACAUUGCCGAUAUCAUGAAGAGGAAUAUGGUUGCUCCAAGAACACCACUGUUUGCGUGCACUGUGGGACAAAAACCAAGCAAAGCCAAAUUCUACCUGGACGAUACAUUUGAAGUGGUCACCAUGCUGAGCGCACUGGCAGAUGCCACAGAACCUGAACUGGAGACUGAUUCGGCUGAUGAAUUGGCCGCAUCUAUUUCAUCACUUGAUAUUGGUGAUGAACAAUCAGAAUCCACUGAUAGACCAAUUGGAGGAUCUUAGUGCACUUCCAGAAUAUGAUGAUUGAUUCAAUAGUCUCUUCUGCACAUUUUUCUGAUGGAUAUGAAGUUCGAUGACUAACACCUGGGCCUAUAAAUGCUCCAGAGGAAGGCUUCUCAAUCUGCUGCACUCCAAGUUUCUCUAGUCGGGCAAGACAAUAUGACCUUUUGCUGCAAGACGUAGGCCCAUAUGUCCAUAGCUGACUCGCCGACUUUGUUUGCACGUUUCUCUUUCACUUUUUCGUUCCUUUGGUUGAAGUAAAAUGAAAAGCUUCACGGAAGGCAAGUGAAUCGUGGGGCUGAUGUAAUGUGAUGGGUAUAGGAGUGGCACAUGUGAAAGGAGUCCGUGCAAUCUGUGAUUCGAUCUCUUAUUAACAGGUUACAAAGUGGUGGCACCUUUUGAACUAUAAGUUGUAGCAAUCUCAAGGGUGAGGUCUGAAUUGUUUCGUUGCUUCAAAGCUGGAUCUUGGCUGCUUUUC